AUGGAACACGACAAGGAAACCCUUCCUCCGCACCCACCGUCACGACUCUUCGUCACUUGUCACGGCUUGUGUGGCGGAGGCGUUGCAAUGAAGCAGCAACCUCCUCCAAGCAAUCGGCUUCAGCGACCUAAAAUGAUUCCAUUCUUAUUCACGCAUUGUCGACAGUCACUCUUCGUGAAGACGAGCAGCCAAGUUGAAUUUGAUUCCCAAAAUAGUUUCUCAUCCCGGCCUCUCUGGAUUGAAGUUUCGACCUCGCCUCGAUCUCGUCAGCAUCCCCAGCGCGAGUCGCACUCGCGUUUGGUGGUGCAGCGCAUAGCCUCAACAGGUUAUUCACCACGCCACAUUGCCACGCCUGACCUUGAGUCACAGGGCGGGUGUGUGUUUGAGAAAACGCCUAAAUCACAUCUUCCCUGUGCUCCACUGGAAUACGCGACCGCUGGGCCGAUGUAUCAAUUGUCACCUCUUUGCACACACAAGUCGGUUUCCAGUCCGGCUGUCGGCGCUGACGAGAGGCGGACGAGAACGAUGCUUGUGGAGACUUCCAUUUGGUAUGAAAGGGUAGCUGAUGAAGAGCUUCGUAGGUCGAUCUCGGCGGAAUACGACGAAUUAUUGCUGUUGCCAUGCAGCCGUUUUGAGUGA